GCUAGAUGUCGCAAUCUAACCUAUUGUUUGUUUAUUUUGUGCUGUCAAAUUCUUGACGUAAGUUCGUGAUGUGAUAUUCAAGUUUUUAAUCAAAAAACCGCCUACCCGUUUAUGACGAACAAUAGAUGCAUAGCGAAUUAGUUUAAUUACAAGCCGAUCCAAAAGUGCACAAAAAUGGGGUGUUGGGGGACAACCUGGAAGAUUUUAACCAGAAGGAAAAUCCUUGAUCCUGUGGCUGUACAACAAUCACAGUUAUCUCGGGUACUGACAAGCUUGGAUUUAACAGCUUUGGGAGUUGGAAGCACUCUGGGAGUUGGGGUUUACGUUAUAGCAGGAAAAGUUGCCAAAGACACAGCUGGACCAGCUGUGAUAAUAUCCUUUUUGAUUGCAGCCAUAGCUUCCAUCUUUGCAGGAUUGUGCUAUGCCGAAUUUGGCGCUAGGGCCCCCAGGGCCGGCUCGGCCUACAUUUACACGUAUGUUUGCAUUGGAGAAUUUGUAGCUUUCGUAAUUGGAUGGAAUUUGAUACUUGAGUAUGUCAUAGGAUCGGCUAGCGUAGCUAGAGGCCUGAGCGGUUACUUGGAUAGUUUAUUGAACCACACGAUGCAAGAUGCGUUUAUUGAAAUAGCUCCCAUAAACGUAGAAUUUUUGGCGAAAUAUUUUGACUUUUUCGCGUUUGGUGUAUCAGUAUUGUUGGCGAUGGCCCUAUCCUUUGGUAUGAAAGAAAGUAGUAUGGUAAACAAUGUUGUAACUUUUAUAAACAUUGGUGUAGUUAUUUUUACCAUAAUAGCAGGUCUUUUUAAAGCGGACAUAUCCAAUUGGCAAAUACAACAUAACGCCACAAAUUCCACUGAUCCCUUGGGAAAGGGGGGAUUUUUUCCAUUCGGUAUAGACGGGGUUAUUAAAGGGGCGGCGACCUGUUUUUAUGGUUUCGUCGGUUUUGACUGUAUAGCCACCACCGGUGAAGAAGUGAAAAACCCCAAAAAAGCCAUACCACUAUCCAUUAUUUUGUCGCUUUUUAUUGUGUUUUUAUCGUAUUUUGGGACCUCUAUUGUUAGCACCUUGAUGAUUCCAUACUAUGAACAAGACGUUGUGGUGCCAAUUCCACAUGCUUUCGAAGUGGUUGGCUGGGAAUGGGCGAAAUGGAUUGUGGCUAUUGGUGGAAUUUUCGGAUUGUGCGCAAGUCUUUUUGGUGCGAUGUUUCCUCUGCCAAGAAUAAUAUAUGCGAUGGCCUCCGACUCGCUCAUUUUCCGGUUUCUGGGAAAAGUCAGCGACAGAUUCAAAUCGCCGAUUGUCGGAACAAUGAUAUCCGGAAUUUUGACCGGAAUUAUGGCCGGUCUUUUCGACAUCGGGCAGUUGGUAGACAUGAUGUCCAUAGGCACUUUGAUGGCCUACACUAUAGUGGCAGCUAGUGUGCUACUUUUAAGGUACGAAAAGGAACAUAACCAAGAAUAUAUUCCAAUAGGAACUACGUCAGAUGACGAAGAUGAAUACACUGACAAUAGGAUGUCUACUAACAAUGACGAUGCAGAAACGUUCAACGAUACGGAACCCAUUUUGGAAUACGUACCAACUUCGCAGUAUUAUAUGCAGCUUUUUAACUGCAGUUCGUGGGAUUCCCCCACAAAGGUCUCAGAAAAAGUGUCAACGGUUCUUGUGUUUUUAUUCUGUGUAUUUUCUGUAUGCAUAGGACUAUGCGCACUGCUCUUGAAAGAGCAAAUUGCCCAUGGGGAAAUAUGGGCCAUCGUUUUGUCCUCCAUAUCUGUGACUCUGGCUGUGCUGACCAUUAUUUCCCUUACACUGCAACCAACCUCAAAAACGGAACUUUCCUUUAAGGUGCCAUGCGUGCCCCUUAUCCCGGCCCUGAGCAUAUUGGUAAACAUCUAUCUGAUGCUCAUGUUGGACUACCGAACGUGGAUCCGAUUCGGAGUGUGGAUGGCAGUCGGCCUGCCGGUAUAUUAUUUCUCUCUAAUACCGGCCGAAACACUAAACACCCCAAUCAAAAUCUACGAAAAGCACAAACAAUUGAACGGUUGCGACAACAUGGCCUUCGAGUUCGACGGUAACGGUCUCAUGACCUUGAAGAAAAACAAGAGAAAAGCGCCUCUCGCGCCGCAGACCAUCAGAACAGCGGCCAAAAACGUUCUGGAAGAUCUCGACAAGAUUCUAGACAUCGCCGAGGAGAAUCUGGAGCAAAAUACCGCCAACGAUGAUAAUAAUAACCAUGAUGGUUCCAAUCUUUCAAGGACCAGCACUGCUUCCUUUAAAAGUAUUCCAGAAAGUCCGAAAAUAAUCACAAAACAAAUUGAGGAAAGUCAAGCUCCAAAAGACAACAUGGAAGUUGUUUCUGUGUACGAAAUAAGGGAACAUUUGACGCCAUGUUAUGCAGUUGAGGAAACAAUUCUACCAUUUGAAGAAUUGGAAUUGGAUUGUUUGGAAAUCGAGGAAAUAAAUACACCAGAUGAUGAAUCUGAUACCGCCACAUUGAGAAUUGUUCAUGAUGAAACUAAAGACGAAGAAUCACCUAGAAUCAUUGAAGAAAGACCUAAAAGUGUCAAAGAAAUAAUCGCACAGUUUGGAGAAAAAGGUCCACCAACGCCAAAAAGUAGAAAAACUAGUAGAAAAUCACGCGCAGAUUCCUUCACUGAUGUGCAGUUGGUACCAAUAAGAAGACCUUCUCUGGAAAAAAUGAAGGAAGACUUGAGAAGAGUUAAAAUAGAGGAACAGCUUGAGAAAGCAUUACAAAAUAAAAUUGAACAACCUUUAAAGGAAAAUUCCAUGGAGAAAUUUGCAAAAUCCGAAGAGUCUUUAAGAAGCACUUCUUUCAUGCUCAAAAAUAUCAAGUUAAAACCAACAGUGAAACCAAAAGAAAAAGUUUAUGAGAAUGAUGACAAAAUACCCGACCCCCCAUCCAUUCCAAUACCCCCGGUAUUACCAUUGACGUCAACAAAAAACACUGCAGGCAGAAAACUGAACAGACCUACAUCAUUCCAACUGAAAAACGUGAAACUUAAACCUACAGUGAACAGGAAAUCAGAGCCAGCAUACCUUGAAGACCAAGAUGAAAUCCCAGGAGUUUCCGAAGAAAACUUCGUUACAAACAACAAAAACAAACUCUCCAACUUCAAGGAUAUACUGAACAACACUUUAUCAAGAAGCCCCGGCAUGCUCCUCAAUCAACUGAAGUUUGAUACAGAAGAAUCGCUUGGUAGUGCUGAAAUUCCGCCACCAGAUAGCGUUAUCGACGAGCACAUAGAUAAGGAGGACGCCAAAAAUAAACUAUCAGAGUUUCUGAAAACUCGGCCGUCUCCAUAAAUGUUUUGUGUGCUUUUGUGAUUUUGUUUGUAAUACUCCCCCCUCCCCCCUAUCAAACGUAUUGCUAUAUCUUGGAAAAUAUAUUUCACAGAAAAAAUUAACUAUGUAUUAUCAACAAACAACAAAAAUUAGAUAUAGCAAUAUGUUUUGUGGCCCAUUUCUUUGACUAAAUCAUAAUACUGACAAUGCUUUUAAUAUUUUUAUUUAAAUUACAGCGUGUUUUGUUUCUGCUAUUUGUGUUUGUUUGUAGGUUUUUCUGUGUAUGGAUUUUAUGGUCUACCAAAUAGUUUUAGAAAUUAUAGAGAUUAUGAAAGAAUAGAGUAAUAUAUUUUAUAUUAAUUAUUGACUAAAUAACAUAUUUUGAUGUUGAUAUAUAUAUUUUAUUUAUACAUU